CGGAAACAAAACCCUUGCAUCAAACCAAAAAAUGGCAAAAAACCCAAAUCCCAAACCCAAUCAGAAAAAUAUUGGUGAACAAGGGUCGAUAGACCCAAUCAAAUGAGCAAAAACGCAGCAGAGAUGGAGAGUGCUGACAAAGAUGAGAUUAAUAAUCAAAAUUUGAGGCCUAGAUUCUUUGAUAAGAAGGCAAAGAGUAUGUGCUGGGCUAAAGCUGAUGUUGUACCCGGCCGUCACCCUGACCGUUGGAGGAAAGAUGCCGCCGGCAACAUCGUUUGCAAGCGUUUCUGCAACUGUUCUGGCUGUCUUUGCUUUGAGUACGAUCACAUCGUCCCUUUCUCAAAAGGAGGUGAAUCCACAAUAGAUAAUUGUCAGAUCCUUCAAACUAGAGUCAACCGAUAUAAAUCUGACAAAGAAAUGGAUCCCAGCAUAUUGAGAGGCUAUUCAUGUGACUUGAAAUUCACUGAGAAAGAACUUGAUGUAGUUGAGAUGGCAGUGUAUGGGGAUGUGAUACGGCCAGGGAACCAAUGCCGUUGUAGGUCAGUUGUUGAAAUGCUUGGAAAAUUCAAGGCCAAAGAUCAGAUGGCGCCUUGCAAAUUGCCAUAUGUUGAAGAUUCAUGAUGCAUUUAUACCAAAAUGAAGUGUUGAGAAAUUCUCAACUAGACUCAUUUGUACGGAAGAUCGUCAAACUGUACAAUUGGCAACUUUACAUCUUCAUAGCCAACUUAAACAUUGUGGAAGGAAGCAUUUGAUAACUGAAUACAGGGAGGAAAUAAACAAAAAUAUAAUAAUAGUUGAGCAUAAGCUAUUCGAAUUGCUAAUAAUUA